AUGGCAUCAGUGUGCUUUGGUAUUCUGAUUGGUUGGUAUAUGGAUCCUCAUUAUUGGCAUCUACAGUCUAUGAUCAUUGACCAUGACCAUCCGUACAAUCGUCCAUCUUACCUGGAUCCCAUUAGUACCUUGUGCAUCGAGCCGGCCUUCAAAUCAGACGGCUCCGAUCUUAGUAAGGCAGGCGCUGGUCACAUCUGGAUCGACGUAGAAGGGGAUGAAGCGAAAUUUCCCAGCCAAGCGACAGAACCUUCUAUUAAUGAAAAUAUUUGUCAAUUCACUAGAUUUUGCACCUCCGGCCCAAUUGAGGAACUGAAAUAUGAUAACAACCAACCCUCUUACGCAAGCUCUUCGCGAGUGACAUGGAAUACCACAGUCGAUAAGUUACAUCGAAAAAUGCGAAAGGUGCUAGUGCAGACUGACUUGGAGGGUUCUAUUUCUUCUCAAAUGUCAAGGCAUAAGUUUGGUGAGUUUCGUCGUUACUCCUGUCAGGAGCUAUUAACGAAGAAUGUUGCGCGGCACAUUAGAAAAAUAUUUACCUCCCUUAAUUGGCGUAUUGACACCUGUGCAGAGCUCCAUGAAAGCCUGCUAAAUACCUUACCCAGUGAUCUGCUUCAACCGUAUUUGAGUGGAUAUGCUUGCCUCAUGCAUCGAAGCAGGACUUCACCUCUUCUGCGCCGGCUCAAUGCAGAGAUUAUCUCACAGCGCACAAUGAAACGCUUUGACUACUCGAAAUACCUUGAUUGUGCUGUUCUGCCUUCCACCGAUGGAUUUGGAUCCUUUCUUUCUCGUGCAACAUAUGGGCGCCUUCACGAUGGGUCGGCUAGUUCUUAUUCACCCAUAACCUGUAUCCCUACGGAUUGCCUGAUAACCGGCAGCCUGGGUAGCUCAACGUCCACUCCUGGUCGUGCAUCAUCAAUAAUGGAUGAGCCCGUCUUCAUGUGUGUGAUCACCAAGGUCUACACAAAAGGCUAUCGCAUUUCCAAAAUGUUAAAAAACCUCUCGCAACUCGGCCGCCUCAUGAUCGUGCCCAUGAGCGGAACGAAUAACAUUCAAAUCCGCCGUCUCAUUCGUCAUUUCGUGUCUUUGACAGAGGAUCCACGUCCCAUUCCGAUCUAUAUAAUCGGGUUUGGCGAACACUGUGGCAUUGUGCUAACGGCUGCCAUCACCUCGCCUUACCUCUUGCCUUCCUCAAACGGCGGUGCCCUAGAGGAAAUAAUCUGUGGUCGUUUGACCAGUUCUGACGCCCCAAUUCCCGUGAAGCCAUGGCUAGCGGGUCUCGUUCUUAUCGCCCCACCAAAAUCAAUCUAUCAUCUGGGUGAUCUUUGUGGUGGUCUUGAUAACAUUGCCCGCCGCUGCUCCCUCCUGCUGGUCAUCAGUUCGAAGCACCAGGCCGAAGCGAACGCCUUCAGGGAGACCCUAAUUGCUGCCCGCCGACGAUCCACGACAGCUUCAGCGCAUGGUAGUGUGAGUGGAUUUCGUGGAAUGGAUUGGAAAGUACCCUGUGAAUUCGACCUUCGCAUGCUUGUCAUCGGUGGUGUUGAUCACCUCCUUCGAAUGCAUCCUGCCACACUGCGAAGGUUUGCCACUACGCAGAGUGCUAUUGAUCUAGCUGUUAUCACAGCGAUAAAAAACCUUGUAGCCGUGUGUCGAGCCCUGGUGAAUACGAGUGCAACACCCGUCUCGACACAUGGAACUAGCGCAUCCGAAUUGAUGGGAAGUAGAAAUGCAACCGGUCUGCCAGUUUCCUGGUUCUCCAAUACCACCAAUAUACAGCAGGAGAAUAGAAGAGUUGCAGACAGUACCGCUUUUACUCGAAAGGCCUCAAUUCUCCGUGGUGGUGUGCAGGCAAGAAGUUUCGCAGAACGUCAUCCCCUCCCACAGCCCUAUACUUCCAGACAAAAUCCCUCCUUUCAUCCACGGGACAGGCUUACCUACUCUGCGGGCUGUGACGCCGGCCCGUUGAUCAGGUACGGUGACGGAGCACGCAGCCGAACACUCUGCGGGCGACAAACGCAACAAAACCCCACCCCGUCAGUGUUCCUUGAAACACGAACUCCACGAUAUGAUAGCAGUGAGGACAUGAUGGAUUCACAACGCCUUGGACCCGUGCCGCAUCCAGCCAACGUGAGGAACCGCGACACCCAAUCCGGGCCCCAUGGGGGCGGAAGAGCCCGCAAAACCCGCUUUUAUGACCGAAAUUAA